AGACAGAGGCUCAGAGAGGUCUAGCCCGAAUUCGCUCGCUGUCCGCCGGGCGGGUAGCGUUCACCCCGAACCGCGCUGCGCUGCCCCGCCCGGGGCACUAUGGCCUGGGGCCGGACUAUGCCCUCCGCACCUCACCCGGCGCCCCCCACCCACACGCGCUGAGGGUGCGGUGAGCUGAGCGCGGGGCUCAGCAUGUUUCGGCGUCGCCCCCGCCCAGGGGCCCAGGAGGUGGCGCCCAAGGAGCCCCCUGGCGACGGCGACUUCCGACGGAGUCACCCGCGGCUGCCCAAGCUGACCCCGCCCCCGCUCCGAGCGGCCCAGGGCGCGCGGGGUUCCGGGGGCUCGAGGAUCCCGCGGGGCGGCGCCGCGUGGUGGCCAGAAGGGGACGCCGAGCCCGGGGUGGGCGUCGGGAGCCCCCCGCCGCGCCUGCCCGCCCUGCCCACCGCGACCCGGCGAGCGGCGGGGAAGCGGGGGCUGCUGCAGUCCCUGCUGCUGCCGCCCCUGCUCUCGGACAGCGCGUCCCGGACAUCGGCGCCCAGGCAGCCCGGGCCAGGCGAGCGCGAGCGCCCCUGGAGGGGCGUGGCCAGGGAGGACCCCAGCUUCCUGGGCGCCUUCCUAGGAGAGCUCCUCCCCAGCAGGUUCCGUGAGUUCCUGCACCAGCUCCGGGAGAAGUGCACGGACGAGGAGCCACUGAGUGAGGCCCCGCAGGGCCCCGGGGCAUUUCCGGUAGGGGGUGGGCCCUGUGUCCCCGCACCCCCCACCUCCACCACUCAGGCUCAGAAGGAUGCUAGUGUUAGCCGGGUAUCUCAGAGCCCUCGCAACCUCUCCUUGACGGCGAGUCUGCCAUCACCCCGAGGCAGGCCUCACUCAGUGGCUCCGGCUCCUCGUCGUCCUAGGAAGGACGUCCCCCAGCCGAUGCUCACCCUGUUUCCUCCCGCAUCUGGCUCCAGCAUCCUCAGCACCGCAACAUCAAAGGGGUGUGUUAGAGCACUGCCGGGGGGCUCCGCAGCGUCCCAACCGCUCAUUCCUCCCAGACCUGUGACACCUGCUCUGGGGUCCCUGAAGGCUGAUCGCCCCCAAUUCAGCACCGUCAGAAAGGCCAGCCACAGGCCCUCUGGGAAAGGCUCAGGGCCCCACAGGCCUCGCUGCCCUUUCCGGGUGCGAUUUGCUGACGAGACCCUGCAGGACACCCUGCUCCGCUACUGGGAGCGCCAAUGCUCAGUCACACAGAGCGUCACUGUGAACCGGAAGGCCACCCGGCCAGUGGCUUCGGAGCGGGAGUUUGGGAACAUUGGAAAAUGGCUACAGAGUUUGCACAAAGCCCUGUACCCUGAGGCCAAGGAGGAGACCCUGGCCAGCUCCUCAUGCUGGCACUGCGCUGGCCUGCCCUCCCAGAAGACACAGGGCGACCUUUCUGAGGACACCUCCAUGAACAGCAGCCUGCCUUUCUCUUCAUGGAAGAAGGAUGCUGCUCAGAGGCCGCGAAGGGGCCUCCAAGCCUUCUUGGACCCCCACGGCCUCCUGGAGCAGGUGGGCAAACAGCCUUGUUCCUGGAGUCAGAAGCUGGAGUCCUUCCUUCCCAGCCUGGUGCUUCAGUCGGUCCUGAAGCAAGGCCGCCCUGAGGAGUACUCUCUCCUCUUGCCCUCCCCAACACUGCAUCGAGCUCAGAGGUGAGCACCCGCUAGCCCAAGCCCAGGGCACACAGGGCCAGGCCAUGACGAUCGCCCUUCCUUGCCCCACGAAUAAAGGUGCAUCCCAGGUGGCUGGGACCUGCCACACCACAAA